ACUUCAAUUGGUUACUUCUCUUCUCUCUCGAAACACACCCCACUCCACUCAUAGCCAGCCGCCCCAAUGCCGAUAAUGGAAGAGCAAUCGCCGAUCAACUCAACCUCCUCUCCGCCAGAUUCAUACGCCGCCGUCGUUCUCGGCGGCACUUUCGACCGCUUACACGACGGCCACCGCCUCUUCCUCAAGGCUGCGGCUGAGGUUUCCCGGGAACGAGUCGUAGUUGGUGUUUGCGCUGGCCCAAUGUUGACCAAGAAGAAGUAUGCUGAUCUAAUAGAGCCAAUUGAGCAAAGAAUGCAAAAUGUUGAAGAUUUCAUUAAGAGCAUCAAGGCAGAGCUGGUUGUGCAAGCAGAGCCGAUUGUCGAUCCUUAUGGUCCUUCAAUCAUUGAUGAGAAUUUGGAGGCUAUUGUAGUCAGCAAGGAGACAUUGCCCGGUGGAUUAUCUGUCAAUAAGAAGAGGGCUGAGAGAGGCCUUUCACAACUAAAGAUUGAAGUUGUAGAUCUACUCUCUGAAGAAUUGACCGGAGACAAACUGAGUUCCACUGCUUUGAGAGAGCUAGAAGCCAAGAAGCUCACGAACACUCGCCCAGAAGGUGGUAUGAACUUGUGACAUCAUUCCAUGGAAGAUAGAACUGUAGAUAUCAUUACAAUAAACUUGUUUUCCAGAAACUACAUUCGAUCAAUCAUCUCGAGGCAAAUUGUGCAUCUUCGCUCUUACCUGAAAGCUUCUUUGCUUGGAGGACAACACAGAACACAGUAUCAUGUAUGUGAAAUGAGAAAUGGAGAAAUGUGAACAAUCAAAUUUUUCUGAAAUUUUAUUACAUUUUUCUUGUUAAACAAUAUAUCGUGUGGUAUAUAUAUAUAUAUAUAUGUCUCAAACAUGUAUGAUACAGAAUAAUCCCCGUCGUUUAGUAUCAUCAGCACGGUGGAAGAUCCGCCGGCGGAGGUAGAAUGUUGUGAUCAGAACCCGGUCCGUCUUCUACUACAAACGCUGUCUUCAGCCCCCACCCUGUAUGAAGCUCCAAAUGGCAGUGGAAAAACCACACCCCUGAAGAAAUGUUCAAAAGAUAAGUCAAGAAUGAAGGAUUUCAAGACUAGCUAAGUUGAUCAGGUUAUUGGUUUGAUAAUCACAAGAUUUUAAAUUCGACUCUUAAUGUGAGUAGUCUAUUGACUUUCUUAGUUUGAACUCAUUAGCUAUGUUCAACCUAGGCUGAAUGGCUGAUUUAAGUUCUUGUAGUCCUUUGUCAACUAGGAUCAUAAGGAGGGGUUUAUCCUGUGCACAUCCAGGUUACUGGCAAGUUUGACACCCAAUGAAAGUUGUCCAUUGGCGUUUUUGAUUU